AUGGGCUCUGUUUCUUCAGAACUGAGUUUAGAUUUAACACCCACUUUCGUUCCCAAAACCAUCGCUAGUUUUCUCUACAAUCUAUCCACAAUUCAUACUCCCUCUCAUAAACUCUCUAAACUCCACGAUUUUCUCUCCAAAUUGGAACAAGAACUCCAUAAGAUCCACGCCUUCAAACGCGAACUGCCUCUUUCCAUGCUCCUCUUAAACGACGCAAUCUUAAUUUUGAAGGAGGAAUCGGAGAAAUGCAGACGUGAGAGUUGUGUGCCGGUUUUGGAAGAGUUUAUUCCGUUGAAGAAAGAGAUUGAUCACAGUGAGGAAAAUCAUGAUAUUGAUAGAGAUAAGAAUAAUGAAUGCUGCAGAGAUAAAAAGAAUUGGAUGAGUUCUGUUCAGCUAUGGAACACCACAACCACCACCACCAAUACUACUAAUGAUAAUAAUAUUAAUAAUAAUGCCUCUCAACCUGAUCAUAAAGUUUGUAGCAAUCAAAAUAAAUUAGAAACCAAGAAAAGGGAAGAGGAAGAAAAAUCUGUGACUAUAGCUGAAGAUCGUUUUCAAUCUUGUAGUAGUAAUAGGAAUGGAGGAAGUGCUUUUAUGCCAUUUUCAACUUAUUCUUCUGUUCCUGUGACGAAGAUUAAAUUGGCAGCAGCUAAAGAUGAGAAAGAUGAAACUGGUUUGAAUAGGCUGUGUUUUUUGACGCCUGGAGUGAAAAGUUUGAGGGAAGGAUUUGAUUCGAGGGGAUCGAGGAGUAGUUCUAGCAGAGCUGUUUCUGUUUCGUCUUCUCCUCCUACUGUGCAGACGAGUUUGAGGAGUGCGCCAGUUCAGCCGCAGCAGAUUGCUAGGAAACAGAGGAGGUGCUGGUCGCCCGAGUUGCAUAGGAGAUUUGUUAAUGCGUUGCAGAAGCUUGGAGGUUCUCAAGCAACGCCAAAGCAAAUCAGAGAACUGAUGCAAGUUGAUGGCCUGACUAAUGAUGAAGUGAAGAGCCAUUUGCAAAAAUACCGUCUUCAUACACGGAGAGUUCCAGCUGCAAACGGUAAUGAGUCUGUUGUAGUUCUUGGAGGUUUAUGGAUGUCUCAAGAACCAUACAAUGGAUCUUCCAAAGGUAGCAGUUCGGCGUCUGGUUCUCCACAAAGUCCUCUUCAUUUAGCUACAGGAUCCCGGGGAGGGACAUCCCGAACUGAAGGUGAUAGCAUGGAAGACGACGAUGAAGAUGCAAAAUCAGAGAGUUAUAGCUGGAAAAGUCAUAUUCACAGACAUGGACAAGUUGGUGUAUAG